AUCUGCCUACUGUAAGUGCCCAUACCUAAAAAAGCCCAGAGGGACACCUUGGGUCAUCUUCUAAAACCAACAGCUGGAAAGUCACCGUAUGACCUGCAAUUAUGUCUGUGUGACUUUAACUUUCUACCCCCUAUUCUAUAAGCAGUGAUAAUAAUGUGUAGAACAAACAGAUAUGCCUGACAAUUUUUUUUUAUUUUUUUUUGAGCAAUUAAUGUGCAGCUUCAGUAUUAAAACGUAUCUGCUUAAAACUGUGCAGUAUUUUAAUUUGUGCAAGAAUAUUCCACAACUCCACUCAGCUCUGUCUAAAAAUGAAACACUUUUUCAAAUUGGUUACAACACAUAACUGACCCUCAAAUCUUAAAAGAAACAUAGCCGAUGAAAAAGUAUCUGUCCAGUCUUGAGAAAAUAGAAGUGUGUAUAUUAUGGUACAUGAAGACAUCCCCUUGAUUCAGCAUGAAAAGAAAUCUGGUAAGUUCCUAAUUCUUUUUCGCAAAAAGAAUGUCCAUUCUGUUUAAUUGAGAGGUUCCUCGUAUGCGCAAGGCAGUUUCCGUUUUAUGGUGACAGGCGAAAAAACGAAAGUGAAUUUUGUAAAAAAAACUGAUCAUAGAUCAUAGAUCGGUUUAUUACUGAUAAUUUGUCUAAUGAAGUAGAUAAAGUUCAAGUUUCUUUUUUUUUUUUUUUUUUUUUUUUUUUAUAAUUUGUCUAAAAUUAUACUUAACGACGUUUAUUACUUCUUCGUCUAUUGUACAACGUACGAUUGGAAAAUAAAUCUCCACUUCAACCAAGGUAAGUCUCAUUUAAAUUUAUAAAUUUUAUAAUACGGGAAAUAUAAUGUUAUAUUAGUAUAUAGAGAACAAGUGUUCAGACUGUGAGGUUGUUGGCUCUAUCUCCAGGGAUGAAGAGUAUUUUCUUGGUUAAGCAUUGACUGAAAACAGUAUAUCUAUGAUAAUGCACCUUUGAUUUAUGUAUUGGAAAUGACUUAUGUUGUGGAAAAUAUUGUUUAAUUAUGAACAACAGAUCAAUAAUUGAAAUGAAUAUAGAAACACUCAGUCUGGUUAAGUUACAUCAGAUGGGCAACGUAUGGCCCUUAUGGCUGUCUUGUUUUUAAUUUAUUUUAAAUAUUGCUCUCUGUUAAUAAUUUUUUGAUAAAGUGGUGUAAAUCAAGGAAUGUGCACCCUACAUGAUUGUAGAUUUCAUUAUUUACAAUCAGUUACUUUGAAUACUGGUACAGAUAAAAAGAUAACCUAUAUGUUUAUCUAAUCUUGUUAGAUUUACUAUAUAAUAAAUUAAUUUCUAGCUUUCCUGGUCUGAUUUUAGAUACGGGGAUUUCUUUCCUCUACAUUAAAAAAUAUUUGUUAAAGUUUAUCACUGGAAUAUCAGAUUUUUUGGUUAACAUUGAUGUUUGUCACAAGUACACUUAGAGGAUGUCUCAAGUUCCCAAUGAUAAAACUAUUUCACUGAAACUAUCAGAAGUUCUCAGUGAUAUCGGUGUUACUGAGAAGAUGGUGCUGAAGAGGAGGAGGAUAUUUAUGUUGAUGGAAACUGUUGACACCACUACUCACAGGUUACUGGGCAAAAACGUCAUCACCUAUAAUUUUGGCAGCCAAUCAGAAGGUUCAACGACCUUGGAGCUUGACUCCGACAUUGAUUCACUCUUCAGUUUACACAACUUGAAUGUGAUACAGGACUGGAAAGAUUGGCAAUUUGGAAAGGAGAAUGUAUUAAUGGUCCAGGAUGAGUCCACAUCACCAGGUUACUGUCUUUUACAACUUCUUCGACCAGAUGUUCCUCUUGUUGUCACUGCCACUGAAUCUGGCAGAUCUUCUGGUAUAGAUGGAAAAGGAAGGCUGCUGAUGAAAAACUCACAUUUUGAUCCAUUGCUUUUAGGAAAUCAGUAUAGAAAUGGACCUGCCCAUGCCUUUAAAGAAGUACCAGGUUUUGAUGCUGAAGAUAAUGUUUUAGCAUGGUACUCUAAAUCAUGGCCUGCAGAAGCCGAACCAUGGUUGGAGAGGCCAUGUGUAGGAGGAUGGCCUACAGAGGAAAUGAAGAGAUAUUGUGAGACUACAGGAUGUUUUCUUGUUCCAGUAAGCAGCAAGAGUGGUCAGAAUGAAACAUUUGAAUGGAGAAUAUCUACUUCCCUUGCUGAGAGAUGUCUCAUGUUCAGUUUAAACAUCACACAAAUUAGAUGUUACAUUCUGAUGAAGAUGAUUCUUAAAACAUUCAUAAAACCAAAAUGUGACGGUGUCCUUUCAAGUUUCAUGUGUAAAACUGUUUUGUUUUAUUGUAUUGAGGAUACACUGUCAGAUGUAUGGGAGGAGCAGAAUUUACUUGGAUGUUUAAAGCAUUGCCUUCUAGCAUUGCAGAACUGUAUUACACGAGAAAACUGUCCACAUUUCAUAACACCUGAAAAUAAUCUGAUGGCUGGAAAACUUCCACCUGCAACCAAACAUAGACUUCAGGAAAUCCUGCAAAACAUUGAACAAAGUGACGUUCGUACCCUUCUAGAGAUUCCUAUAGAUGAUCUUGGUGCAAGACUUAAGGCAAAGAUGCAAGGACGUCAGUGUUACCCAUUGCAAGACUAUAUUCACUCCUGUAUAUCUUCAAAACUACUAAAGCACAUGGCUAUACAAAUCGCUAUACGUCAUAAAUUUCAUUUGAAAGAAUUAGUACAUCGGGGAGGUCAGAUGGAACACAGUAGAUCGUUUGUUUACACACUGGCUAGAAGGUAUAUUGGAAAAGCCCUCAAUAGUUUGGAAAAAUCAGCAUACAAGCUCCUUAUACCUUUUCUGUGUUCUUCAUUAGCCUCUGCUAUUGCAUCACAUGACAUACAAGCUGACAGAACUGUAUCACAAGAAGCACAGGGCUGGUUUUCGGUAGGAUUGAAUUCAGAUGUAUCAUCUGGCAGACUGAAAUUUGCAUCAGCAUUAUAUUGUACUGGUGAUUUCGAAAGGGCAGAACAUGUUUUGAGGAAUACUGAAGACUUGUAUGAGCUGAAAACUGUUGAAGCUGUUUGUACAUGUAGAGAUCUCGAAACUUUAUCGUUACGAUUGGAAUUCUUCAAUAGAUCUGACACUGGAAAUGAGGAACUUGUUAAACACAUUACAGCAUUUUGUGUUAGAUUUAUACCAUGUGAAAUUAACUGUGUCCCACAUGAACUGCAAUAUGAGAUGUUUAGAGCAACACAAGAAGACAUGCUUCACGGACAUGAUUUUUGGAUGGAUUGGUCUGUGGUCGAUUCUCUCCCGUACAUCUACUUCCUACAGUACAAGACAUACGGUCACCUUCAGAGACCAGCAGGCCAGCAGUUGGCACUUGAAGGACUUGUUGAUUGCGUUAAGAGUAAUCAUAACCUUGGGCACCUUGAAACUGCCCUGAAUUUACUAGGACAGUGCUUGGAACUGGAGAACCUUUAUUAUGCUGCAUUAGACUGCUAUGUGAGAUCACUGAAUGUAUGUGCAAGGAAUAAUGCAGCAAAAAUACAUAUAUGUAGACUACUUAGUGCAUUAGUAAACAGGCAGGUUGUGUAGUCUUAAAAGGUGUAAUCAAAUCAGACAGGCUGUUUAGAUUCGGUAGAUCUUAACUCAUUAAUACCUGUAACCACUUUUUCAAUACAUUCCUAAGCCACUAAUCCCUUUAUCUGCUCUGUAUGCCCAAUGGUUUUUACUGAUACCAGUAAUCAAUAAUCAAUAAGAUCUCUGGAUCCUUUGAUCAAUAUGAGACAAAGUCACUUAAUGACACUACCUUAUGAUCAAUAAAUUGAAGUUCUUAAAACUGCAAGAGAAUUUAAUGAGUAAAAUUUACUAUUAUGUUAAUUGGCAAAAACAUUUUAAAGGCCAUUGAAUUCACAUAAUUAUGGAAAACUACAGUAUUCGAGAAGAAUUGGACAUAGAAAAACAGCCAUUAUUUGAUAGUUUUAUAUUUAUUCAUAAAUCAGUUAUUGCUAAAAUGUUCCUAGUCCAUGAAUCUGGUUAAUUAUGUCUCCCACUAAACAGUGGUGUGGGAGACAUAUUGAUUUACUGUCUGUGUGUGUGUCUGUCACAAAUCUUCUCCGCACUCUAAGUCAAAUAUUUCUCAUCCGAUCUUCACCAAACUUAAAACAAAGUGUGUUUGACCAUAAGACCUAGACCAAGUUCGAUAACUAGCCAAAUCGGCGAACGCACUUCGGAAUUAUGGCCCUUGAAUUACCGAAAAUUGGCCUUUUUACUCUUGUCCGCGUUUUAAGUCGAAUAUUUCUCAUCCGAUCUUCACCAAACUUGAACAAAAUGUGUUUGACCAAAAGUCCUUGGCUAAGUUUGAUAACUAGCCAAAUCAGCCCGAGCACUUCAGAAUUAUGGCCCUUCAAUUACCGAAAAUCAGCCUUUUUACUCUUGUCCGCGCUCUAAGUUGAACAGUUCUCAUACUAUCUUCACCAAAUUUGAAAAAAUGUGUUUGGCCGUAAGUCCACGACCAAAUUAGAUAAAUAGCCAAAUUGGCCCAGGCACUUCGGAAUUAUGGCCCUUGAAUUACCGAAAAUCGGCCUUUUUACUCUUGUCUGCGCUCUAUGUCGAACAGUUCUCAACCGAUCUUUACCAAACUUGACCAAAUGUUUUUAACCAUAACUCCUCGGCCAAGUUCAUUAACUUGCCAAAUCGCCCAGGGCUUUUCAGAAUUAUGGCCCUUGAAUUACCCAAAAUCAGACUUUUUACUCUUAAAAGGUAUAUUUGUAGUUAGUAAACGGUAGACUGACUUACUAUUUAGAUGAUUAGGCAGUUGUGUGAGACAUGAGCUUUUCUCAAAAGCAGCUCUAGUUUUCAUUUUCAUGAAGUGACACUAAUUUUGCUAAUGAAGUGUUAUCAUUCGAGUCAAAAUCCGAGACUCGUCCUGCCUACUAUCUGUCAAUAUUCUGGAAGAAAAUUGGCUGAUAAUUUAGUGAUAAAUCGAUUGAAAAUUCAUGUAAAAAUUAUAAAUAUUUUUGAGUCGGCUAAAGGCUGAAAGCCUUUUGACGAGUCCUUGCUAUCCAACGAUUCUCUAAAUGGACCGAAUAACAUGUGAAGGGAUGUAGUUCCAUUAGAUUUCUCAAAUUUCAAACAGUUCACUGCAUGAAUGAAGUUAAGUUGUGUCAAUUCCCUUUGCUAUGACCAAUAUACGAUGUAAUCUGUCAUAUUUAUGACUUGUAAUUGUGCAAUUCUCGAAUGUAACUCAUUAAGCAUAAAUGUGCAUUUUAAGAAUUGCGCAGGCUUACAAAGCUUGGGUAACAUCCAGCGAAAGACAAAAAAUAGUUCCAGCAGGGCUCCAGAUAAGAUGCGUAUUAGCGUAAAUUACGUAUAGAAAUAAUGCAAAUACGCAUGUCUAAUAAUUUCUAAGCGUAUAAAAACGUAUAUAAAAUUACAGAAACGCACACAAUGCUUUUUUAAAAACAAAAUCUGAAUCGUCUGGAUGCGUUAGAUAACAUAGCCGAUCAGCCUUAAUUCUCCAACAUUGAACGUAAACACGCAUCGUAUGAUUUCUAUAAACUUUGCGUGGGUUGAAUUUUGCAGUCAGUAAACGGAUAAAUUAUCGGAAGAAGAAGCUCUUACUGGUUUGUUUAGUUACUAUUGAUAUUAAAAAUGAUUUUAAUUCUUAUUUU